GGCGGGCCAAGAUGGCGGCGGGCGUGAAGGUGGUGGAGCUGGUGGUGCGGCAGGUGGAGCCGCUCCAGGGGCAGCUGGAGCAGACUGACCAGUGCACGAAGCUGCAGGGAUUCCUGGUCUUCCACAGCUUUGGGGGCGGCACCAGCUCCAGCUUUACCUCCCUGCUCAUGGAGGCCCUCUGCCUCAAGGACAGCAAGAUGUCCAGGCUGGAGUUUUCCAUCUGCCGAGUCCUGCAGGCCUCCACAGCCGUGGUGUUGCCCUACAACUCCAUCCUGAACACCCAUUCGAGCCUGGCGCGCUCAUGGUGGACAACGAGGCCACAACAGGACGUUGAGAGGCUCACCUGCUGCAACCGUAGUAGGUUGAUAGAGCAAAUCGUGUCCUCAGCCACAGCCUCCCUGUACUUCGGUGGGGCGCUGAACGCUGGCUGAGCCAAGUGAGCGAUCCUGGGCGAGGAUGAACGAGCAGACAGGGAAGGGUGACGUUGUAGAGGGUGCCAGCCACAGGCUGCCUGAGCAGGGAGAACAAGCGGGUGAGGCCAUCGACAGACAGGUUGGAGCAGCCCCAUGUCCACAGGAACCGGGUCCUCAUGGGGGGCUUCAGAGAGCCCUGCUGGAGGGGCAGCACAGCGGGACAACAAGCAGUCCAGGAGGCCCCUCAGAGCGUCGAUGAGAACAUCCUCCUCCAAGUGACCGAGGAGCCAACGAGGAGGAGAGGAGCUCUGCUGAGCUCAUCUGCACCAGCGAGGAGGGGCUCUUGGAGAUGUGGAGGGCAAAGGCUCGAUGUGGAGCAUGAAGGGGACGUGUGAGGU